UAAGAGCUGUACAUCGGACAAAUAUCACUAAAGUAGAAUUCCGUGAAUGUACAUAGUGGGCACUAUAACUCCACCCAAGUUGGUCCUUUGAGAUAAUUUUUUUUUUCCAUCAGAAAAGGUUAGAGAAUUUCUACAGACAAAUAUAAAAGAAGGUGGUGACAAUAAAUUUUAUUCCGACUCUUAGAGGAUUCGCACAGCUAGCUAGCUAGCGUCAUAAUGAACUAUAUGCUGGUGGUUGUGGUGGCGGUGGCGGAGGUGACUUUUGGGGGGUUGUUAGUAUGUGAAUGCAAAUGUGAUAUAAAGGGAAUUUUCAAUUUUGGGGAUUCAAAUACUGAUACAGGAGGUUUCUUUGCUGCAUUUCCAACACAAAAAGGGCCUUUUGGGAUCACUUAUUUCCACAAACCAGUUGGUAGAGCAACUGAUGGAAGGGUCAUUGUUGAUUUUUUAGCACAAGCAAUUGGGAUACCAUUUAUAAGCCCAUAUUUGAAGUCAAUAGGAUCAGAUUACAGAAAUGGAGCAAACUUUGCAACAUUAGCAUCUACAGUUUUGAUGCCAAACACAUCUAUGUAUGUAACUGGUGUUAGCCCUUUCUUUCUGGCCAUUCAGCUUAACCAACUUAAGGAGUUGCAUUCCAACGUUAUCAAUAAUGCUGUUUCAACUUCUCUUCCAUCAGUGGAUAUAUUUGGAAAAGCUGUGUAUACAUUCUACAUUGGCCAAAAUGACUUCACAGGAAAUUUAUACCUUGGUAUCAAUGUAGUGAAGCAAUUGUUACCUCAAGUAAUUUCCCAAAUUGUUUAUGCCAUCAAGGAAGUAUAUGGCAUAGGAGGAAGAACAUUUUGGGUGCUAAAUCUUGCACCAGUUGGUUGCUACCCAUCAUUGUUGGUAGAUCUGCCACCCGAAAUCUCGAAUCUCGAUGAAUUUGGAUGCUCGAUCGCCUACAACAAUGCAGUAAAAGAUUACAACAACAUGCUUAAGGAAGCACUCCAACAAACCAGGCCAGAUGUUCCUGAUGCUUCCCUUGUUUAUGUGGAUACUCACUCAGUUUUGCUUGACCUCAUUCAACACCCUAAAUCUUAUGGUAUGAAAUAUGGAAUAAGAGCAUGCUGUGGACAAGGGGGUGGACCCUACAAUUUUAACCACCAAGUGUAUUGUGGGAAUACCAAAGUCAUAAAUGGAAGCAUACUAACAACAACAGUUUGUGAAGACCCUAGCAAGUAUGUAAGCUGGGAUGGUAUACAUCCUUCUGAUGCUGCAAAUAAGCUUAUAACCUUGGCCAUUCUUAAUGGUUCUAUCUUUGAUCCUCCAUUUCCUCUUAAUCACAUUUGUGAUCUCCAACACAUUGGAUAGUUAAUGUAUGAGAAGUGAGAACAAAUGAGUUGCUAGCCCUAAGGAUCAUGUCUGCCUAAGUUAUAGCCCGGAUUAUUUGAUUAAAACCCUAAUAUUAAAUUGUAUAAUAUAUAAUGCUGAAAAAAUGUAACAGAGCUGGUUCAAUUUGCAUGCUGAGAUAAAUGUCUCGCUCAACCUUUACUAGUAUCUUGAAUUCACCCCUACAUGUGGAUAUUGCUUUGUCCCACUACAAUUGCUAAAUUAUGAAUUUUAUGAGAGUUUUUGAGAAGAAAUAUAACAAUUUGAAUGAUACGAAAGAAUAUCCAUGUAUCCAUUUCAUCUUUGAGAAGAAAUAAAGGUUUAGUAAUGUAAUUUCCAAAUAAUAUAGUCGCAAAACCUCAAUGCAUUUGUAUGCAAUGAACUCUAUUUUUAAAUGGGUUU